AUGUCAAAUCUACACAAUACUUCUACUACUUCGGAGGCUCUUCCUAGCCUAGAUUUGAUUGAAGAGUUGACUCUACCUGAAAAUCCAACAAACGUUACACAAGACGAAUUUGAAAGGGCACGAUCCGACUCUAUUCCAGAGCUUAAUGAUGGGUUUUUGAUAAAUAUUAGUGAACACACGAAAUUGAUCCUACAAAAUUUGGAUGGUAAUAGGAGUGUAACUCGCACCAACAAAGAUAACAUCAAAAAAUCUCUUGACGAAAUUAAACGAAGUACGCAACAAUUGUACGACCAAGUAAAAACGAUAUUACGUCAUUCAAACUCAUCAGCCGAAAAUAAAACAGUUUCAUUAAUCAGGAACACUAUUAGGGAAGAGUUCUCUAAGUUAGCGGUACUACCACAAAAAAUUACCACUCAGCCACUGCAAGAUCUGGUCAAACCUUCUAUCAUUCCAUCAUCACUACCAUCCUACGCCAAAGUUGUUAAAUCGACAAAAUCUGCUGAGAAACAUCCUAUACCGGUUACCAAGCCGGCCAUAAUAGUUAGCUCUAAACAGCAAGUCUCUUCCUCUAAAGAAACCGUAAACGCGUGGCGUAAUAGCAUUCAUUUCAAAAAAUACACCUUCAACCCCUCUGAAGUAAAGCUGGUGUCCAACCACAAAAUUAGGGUUGAGUUUGAUAAUCAAGAACAGCGUGACGAAAUCCUUAACGCCAUAAACCAUCCUGACAGCCUUGUUAACGCUGACAUAGCCAAGAAGCUCAAGCCUUUGGUAAUUCUAAAAGGCAUCUACAGGGACACACCUCAGUACAAAAGGUUAGCGAUCUUUGGAAAAUCGUCUAAAGUAACAAAUCGAGCACCUUGGUGGAAUGAUAAAUUAGAAAAUCUCAAGCAAAAAGUUAUAAAAAAUCACCACAAAAUUCAACAAAUGAAACGCAGUAAAAAACCGUUAACCGAAUUGUUGCUAGAAAAAGAAAACUUAAGAAAUGAAUAUGCUCAAGCAAUUAGAAUUGCUUCAACUGAGCAUUUCAGGGAGUUCUGCAAUAAGCAGGGAAAGGAGGAUGUAUGGAGUAUAACCAAUCGGUUACUUAAGACCACACCUUUGAAGCAGCCUCCCUCAACUCUUAAAACAAGAGCGGGUAAAUACACAAAAACAACAUACGAAACUGCUGAAACGUUUUUAAAUGAAUAUUUUCCUGAUGAUGGACCCGAUACAUGCUUAAGGCACAUGCAGCUCCGUAAUUCUUUUAACGAAAUACCCGACACGCCAGCAGAUGCUCCAUUUACUGUAGAAGAAGUACUUGAGUCAUUGAAAUCCAUGAACCCCAAAAAAUGGUCUAGACCACCUCACAUCGGAUAUAUGUUUUAA